AUGCUUAAAAUGUGGGUUUAUGCGCUACUGUUGAUUACGGCGCAGUUACAUCGAAAUACGGUCUUUGGCGCAGUAUCGCCAAUGGCAACAGAUGAAUACAAUGCAAGUUCAAAGGUUGGAAUUGGAAUAGCGGAUGUGACAGGAACGGCAGCUGGAGUUAAUAUGAUGGGUUAUGCGAUGCCAGGACAAAUAGCAAAAGGAAUACAUAUAAGGCAAAGAUCGAGAGCGUUCAUUAUCAUCGAUCCAAGUACGAACAAAAGGGUUGUAUUCGUUUCUGUGGAUAUUAAUAUGGGAACGACGGCCGUUAGAACCGCAACUUUAAAAAAAUUAAAUGCAACUUUUGGAAAUUUAUAUAAUGAAGAGAAUGUUGCUAUUUCGGGAACGCAUACACAUGCUGGUCCAGCUGGAUUUUUACAAUACGCAUUGUAUCAAAUAACAUCAUUCGGAUACGUGAAGGAGAAUACGGAAGCAAUAUCAACCGGAAUAUUUAAUUCAAUAGUAAAGGCGCAUAAUUCCAUACAGCCAGCAUCCAUUUACGUAUCAAGUGGAGAAUUAUUAGAUGUGAAUGUCAAUAGAUCUCCAUUUUCCUAUGAAAACAAUCCCAAAGAAGAGAGGUCCGAAUAUACAUAUGAUGUCGAUAAAGAAAUGAUAUUAUUGAAAUUUACUAAUGCUAAUGGUGACGUUAUUGGAAGUUUGAAUUGGUUUCCCGUACACCCAGUAUCGAUGAUGAAUAAUAAUACAUUGAUAUCGGGAGAUAAUAAAGGUGCCGCAUCAUAUUUCUUGGAGAGGGAAUACAAUGGAAAUGGUACUUUGACCGGGGAAGAGACCAUCGUUCACGCUUUUUCUAAUAGUAAUCUGGGGGAUUCGUCGCCAAACAUCUUCGGACCUUACUGUGCUGAUACGGGAAAUCCUUGUGAUUAUAAAACGAGUACAUGUAACGGUAAAAAGGAUAAUUGUUGGGGAAGAGGGUAUGGAUAUUUGACGGGAGAUGAUAUAUACGCGACAAAAAUCAUAGCGGAAUUACACGUUACUAAAGCAAAAGAAUUGAUAAGCUCGGCGACGACCCUUGUCAAUGGGUCGAUUGAUUAUAAAUAUACAAGAAUUGACAUGCAAAAUUAUAAAUUUACACGUAAUGGUACGGAAGUUUCGUUAUGUAAAGCAGCUCUUGGGUAUAGUAUGGUCGCGGGUACAACGGAUGGACCGGGUGGAUUUAACUUUAUACAAGGGGAUAAUGGUACUGGCAAUCCAUUUUGGAACGUGGUAAGAAGGAUUAUAAAAGAGCCCGCCAAAGAGACAAUUGAAUGUCAAAGACCUAAACCGAUUGUGUUGGCUACGGGUGAAAUGACCUCACCUUAUGAUUUUACUCCUUCAAUCGUUGACACGCAAUUACUUAAAAUUGGUAAUAUUAUAAUUUGUGUCGUACCAGGAGAAUUUACUACCAUGAGCGGCAGAAGAUUAAAAAAGACUAUCAAGAAAGUGCUUGUGGAAAGAGGAGUGAUUGAUGAUAGAGGAAUUGUAAUUGUUAGCGGACCGUCAAAUACUUAUACACAUUAUAUCACCACACCUGAAGAGUACAUCGUGCAAAGAUAUGAAGGUGCUUCAACGAUCUACGGACCAAACACGUUAGACGCUUAUCUUCAAAUCUAUCAAGAUUUAGCUAAUUCGAUGGCUGAUAACAUCACUUUACCAAAGGGUCCCGCAACUCCUGAUUUUACCGAUAAAGCUUUAAAUUUUAUACUUCCAAUCAUUGUUGAUAUCCCUCCUCUUUUCAAGAAAUUUGGGGAAAUUUGGAAGGAUGUUAAAGCGAAUUAUACCAAAGGAGAAACGGUUGAAGUUGAAUUUGUUGGUGGUCAUCCUAAAAAUGUCAUUCAAUUGGAAGGUAGUUUUCUUUACGUACAACGACUUGAAGGUGAAAAAUGGAUUAACGUUAAAAAUGAUGGUGAUUGGACCACAAAGUUUAAAUGGUUGGGUCAUAGUAUUGUUAGGAUUAUUUGGGAAAUUGACAAUGAUACUAUAGCUGGAACUUAUCGUAUAUUUUAUCAGGGCUAUCAUAAAUUACUUGGCGGUACCAUUGAAUCCGAAUCUGGCACCUCUUCUAAUUUCACGGAAGAGUUCUGGAAUUUAACAAUUAUUCAUACAAAUGAUGUCCAUUCUCGUUAUGACCAAAUUAAUUCCGCUGCUACUGAUUGUACCAAAGAACAAUUUGAAGCAGGAAAAUGUUAUGGUGGUACGGCCAGACAUAAAACUUUGAUUGAUAGGCUGAGGAACAAAAGUAAUAAUUCGCUAUUAUUGGAUGGUGGUGAUCAAUUCCAAGGAUCGAUGUUCUUCACGUAUUAUGGUGUAAGUAAAUCUUUUAAGUUAAUUUUUAAACUACCAGAAACUUUAUCAAUAUCUGAGUGUAAUAAAUUUAACGGAUUACUUUCAAAUUCUAUUUCGCAAAAUAAAAAAAUAAAGAAUUUACUCGGAUAUAAUGCUACGGCCAUUGGAAACCACGAAUUUGAUAAGGGUCCAGAUUUUCUUGCAGCCCAUCAUUCACGUUUGACCAUGCCAAUUGAAUACGAUCUCGCUGUUAUCGGUUACAUCACUAACACAACAGGAGGUAUCUCAAAUGCCGGUCCUACCCUAAGCUUCUAUGACCCUAUCCCAACCGUUCAAUAUUACGUUAACAAACUUCGCGCUAAUGGAAUUAAAAGAAUCUUGACCAUUUCCCAUAAUGGAUACGGUCCUGAUAAGGAACUUGCCGCUAAAACUUAUGGAGUUGCUGUUCAUAUUGGUGGUCAUAGUCAUACCCUUUUAGCGAAUGAUACAACUUUGCCAGAUUAUGAUCAUGCUUUAGGACCUUAUCCAACUGUCGUAAGAAAUGCUUUGGGCGAAGAUACUUUAAUCGUUCAAGCGUUCUGGUCUGGAAAAUAUAUCGGCCACCUUGACGUUACUUUUGAUAUGAAAGGACGAGUUGUGAACUAUACGGGAGGACCGAUUUUAGUUGAUCAAUCAAUCCCUCAAGACCCUGGUGUUCUAGAACUUGUUAAGAAAUGGCGUGAACCUUUCGAUGAAUAUGUUAAAAUAGUUAUAGGAAAAGCCAAAGACGAUUUCAAUCAAUUAAAUUGUCAGCGAGGAGAAUGUACUAUGGGAAAUUUAAUCACUGAUGCGAUGUUAGAAUCAAGAAAUAAUAGUCAUGCGGCUUUAAUGAAUGCAGGUGGAAUUAGAGCUUCCUUAUUAAAAGGAAAUAUAACUCGAGAGAAUGUUAUUACCGUUCUUCCAUUUGAAAAUUCCUUGGUGGAAAUUGAAAUGACUGGACAAAAUAUUACGGACAUGUUAGAAAGCGUUGUUAGUCGAUGGGAAAAUAAAUUAUCCCGAAAGAAAAUCACUAGUUUUAUACAAGUUUCAGGAAUUCGAUUUAAAUAUGAUUCUUCUAGGAUGAUGUAUGAUAGAGUGUUGGAAGUUAAAAUAAGAAAUCCAAAAACUAGAAAAUUUGAAUCUAUAAAUUUGAGUGAACCUUAUAAAAUCUUGACCAAUGAUUUUAUUUCAAAUACCGGUGAUGGAAUACUCCCAUAUCCAAUCGAAUAUAUUCCAAUUGGAAAUGUAGAAGUUGAAGUCGAACAUUAUAUUAAAAGUCGAUGCAUGAUCAAACCUUACUUGGACGGCCGUAUAGAAGAUAAAUCUAUCAAACAUGAAGAUAUUAAACCAAUUAAUAUACAUGAACCGAUACAUUUCCGUUAUCAGUUAUGA